AGACACACGCAUUUGGUAUUUCGCACAUAGAUAAAAUGCCACUGUGCAAAUUUAUAAAUGCUGACAUGACGUCUGCAAGCGAUGACGUUUUCUUGAUGCAAGCACUUCAGGAAAAUGAAAAAUUGUCAAUGACAUUGGGAAGCGAACUUCAUAAAUCAAGGCAAUUUAUAUAUGGAAAUGAACUUUUAAAAUGUGAGACUAAAAAUAAAUUUAAAGAUGAUCUAAUUGACCACAAUGUUGUAUUAAUGAAACAGAAUACAGAAGAAAAUAAUGCAAUGACAAAAUACUCAUCUAAACUAGAUCAUGUUUAUGAAGAAGUUAAUGCUCUUGAAUGUGAUAUUAUGGAUUAUUACGAAAAAUAUAGCCCUACUACGGCGAAAACUUUGAUAAAUACACUUUUUCUUCCUCUAUAUAAAAUUUGUAAAAAAUGUGCCAGUUUACAAGGUAGUCCAGUAUACUCUGAUCGUUUAAUAUAUACAAAGAAGCCAUUGUAUGCGAGAGAAGUUCAUUUAUUUCAACAAAACGAAACUUUACAGUUUAAGUAUUGCUCAGAAAAUGGUAAACAUGACAAUACGUUAUAUUUGCAAUACGAUGAUGCUCGGCAUUGCUUGUUAGUUCAUAAUUAUUUAAAAACUAAUGCUUCCAGUAUAUUCUACUUUUAUGGCCUACCACGAGAUAUUUUUGAUUUAAAAACAAUAUUAAAACCAAAUAUUUUGGUUAUAAAUAAUAAUGAAAAAGAAAUAGUAAAUACAGAGUUAUAUCAUCGGUGUACAAGUAAUUUUUAUACAAGAAUAUCAAGUAAUGGUAUUGCACCUACAGCAUUUCAUAUGAAUCAUAAUAAUAUUUUAAAUUCUAUAAAACAUGUUGGAUACGAUACUGAUUUGCAAAAUUGGAUGAACUAUCGUAACGAUGUAUUUCGAUCAUACAGUUUCAAACAGGAUGAUGUAAUUGAUCAUCGUGCGAAUAGAUCCAGUUUGUUAUUGUUAGAACCAUUGCUGUUAAUGCCAGAAGUAGGAAAUUCUAGGUACAGGCAAGGAAAAAAUCGUACACAAUCAGAACACGUAAAAAUAGUAAAAAUAGUAACUGCAUAUACUCUUUCUUUCUUCAUUUUAGCAAUAAUCACAUUUUAUAUAGUUUAUUUCACUUAAUAAAAUGUGACUAGAGUUCAACUAAAACAUAAUAUUCAUUUGCACUUAUUCUUUUGUCUCUUGCAUAAUAUAUUUGGAAAUAUAUUUUCGUUCUAAUUUUAUUUAAAAACUUAUAUAUGAAACGACAUAAAUAUUAAUUGUAUCUUUUAUUCAUAUAUUUUUUGCACAAAACUUUCAUAUGAUAAAUUUAAUAUAAACUGUAUUUUUGUUGUUGUUAUUAUUAUUAUUAUUAUUAUUGUGAAUUGUUAUAUCCUUUAUCAUGCUUGUUUCAUAAAUUAUCAAGAAUUGUUACCGUAAUUAAAAAUUUAUUGAUCUUUAUAUAGUUAUGCAAAACAUUUUUACAUUGCUUUAGAAAAUUAUUUAUAUGUAACUUUAUGAAAGCAUAGCUGAAAGUAUACAAAAAAUAUUACAUUUUAUAUAAAGUAAAUAUUUCAACUUCAGAAGAUAUAUUUAUAUAUAUUUUUAAUAUUGUAAAAUGUAAUUAAGGGAAUACUCAAAUAAGGUUACUGGAAUUCGUUAUUUCCUAUUAAUACAUUAAAUAUUUAUUAGCAGAUACGACUAUUGCACGUAUAUUUUAGAUACAUAAUAUUUUCUUAACUGUUUCCAUAUCUGUAGGAAAUAUUUGCAAUAAAAUUAAUAUACAUAUUU